AUGUCAUCAUACAACAACAAUAUAAAUUCACCACCUCAAACACCAGGUGAUCUAAAUAGUUCCUUUAUUGAAGAUUAUGAUGAAAUUGAAGAAUUUCAUGAAGAAAUUAAUGUUCAAUCAUUUUCACCUGCCAUCCUUCAAACGUCACCUUCAUUUAAAACUCCUAAACAAGUUUUAAUAUCAUUAAAUAAUUUAAAUGAUGAUCAAAAACCAAUCAUUGAUGAAUUUAUUGAAAUGAAUAAGAAAUUAAAAUAUCACAAAUUUGAUCAAUUUGAAUUGGGUGAUGAAUAUGGUGGAAUGAAAUUAUCACUUCCAACCAAUAUUUAUAAACCUAUUUUUACAAAUGAAAAGACAGGUGCUGUUAAAGUAUUAGGAAAAGGAUCAUUUGGUGUUGUGAUUGAAUGUUUAGAUAUUGAAAGAAAUGAAAAAGUAGCCGUAAAGAAAUGUAUCAAUGCUCUAAAUAUUGCACCGUGGAAUAUUAUAAGAGAAAUUGAAUGUAUGAAACAUUUACGUGGACAUCCAAAUGUCAUUGAACUCAUUGAUGUAUAUAUUGAUUAUAAUAGUUUUGAUAAUGAGAAUUCAGAUAUUUAUGUUGUAACUGAAUUGUGUGGAAAGACAAUGUGGGAAUAUUUGAAUGAAAAAACAUUUCCCGCCAAUUUUAUUACAGAACAAGAAAUUAAGAAUUUAAUGUCACAAUUGUUAUCUGUUUGUGUUUUUAUGCAUAGUGCUGAUAUUUUACAUAGAGAUAUUAAACCAGAAAAUAUUUUAAUGAAAGGUGAUAGAAUUAAAUUAAUUGAUUUUGGAUCUGCAACUAAAUGUAGAGAACAACAACAAGUUGAACAUAUGGAAUCAGUUUAUGUUGUCACUAAAUAUUAUAGACCUCCAGAAGUAGUUUUAACUUCUGAUCAACAAUCUCCUGCCAUUGAUUUAUGGUCAAUUGGUUGUGUAUUUGCUGAAUUACUCUUUUUACUUGAAGAUCCACCAUGUAGACAACCAUUAUUCUUUGUUAAAAACUCUGGAAUGUUAAGUGUUAAAGAACACUUGAUGAAAAUUAUUGCAAUUUGUGGUAAACCAGCUCCAAAUGAAAUUAUUGCAAGUGAACGUGGAAUGGAAUUCUUCCAAAGUUUAUUAACAAAAACCAAUCAACCAAAAGUACCACUUGAAGCAAUCUUUGUAAAUGCAUCACAUGAAGCUCUAGAUUUAUUGAGUAAAUUAUUAACAUGGAGUCCUAAGAGACGUAUUACACCUGAAGCUGCUCUUCGUCAUCCUUACUUGAAGAAUAACCCAUUCAUAGACACUAAUAAUGCAGAUGAAGAAUUCCAAAUCAAUUUGGUGUUGAACUCUGUCAAAAUUACAGAUCGAACUGAAUCAAAUAAUUGGAAAUUAACUCAAUGGAAGAGAUGUUUAAAGGAAUUACUAAUUGAAUGGAAUAACUAGGCAAAUAAAACCAAAUGC